UUUUUCACACAAGUUCAAAUGAAAAUGACCAAGAAUCGAAUGAGCAGUUGAGUACGUCUGUUGAUACAACUGUAGAUAUACCUGUAUCUGUUCCUAAAGCACACAAGGAUAGUGAGUCUGUACAUGAAGCAGAGGUGAGUAGAAAUAAAUAUUUACAUGAGGGUGGUUGGCAAAUUGUUGACAACCCUCUGCAUGAGCUAGAGUUUGUACAAAAUGAAAUGCACAGUUUUCAUUUAGAUCAAGAACAUUUAGAGCAUCGACAAUGUAGAAUGUGUAAAGAAGCUUGGCUGACAUGGCAGAACUUGGCAUCAGAAGUAUACAUUUGUUACCGGUGCAAGAGAGACAAGAAAUCACCCAAGAAAUUUAGUGCCGAGAAUGACAUGGACCCAGGAACAGUACCUGAACAAUUGAGAGGUUUGACACAGGUAGAAGAAAUGUUAAUUUCAAGGGUUUGUCCCAUUAUGAGAGUGUAUAAAAAACAUGGGGGUCAGAGGGGGUAUAAAGGACAUGUACUUAACUUACCUCAAGAUAUUCAAAGUUUCUUGAAUAGGCUGCCUUCUUGUGUGGCAGACUUGCCUGUCUUGAUUGUGCGAAGACAUGGUGCAGAAGACACACAUCGCGACUUUAUUGUGUGUCGACACAAAGUUCUCAAGGCUGUGUUAUGGUUAAAGACAAACAAUCCAUUCUUUAAAGAUAUCGAAAUUGAUAGAGAUGUCAUCCAAAGUUUACCAGAAAAUGGUAUUCUCGAUGAGCUAAGGUAUGUCAUUGAUGAAAAUGAGCUUUUGGUUCAUGUUGAAAAUGAGGGGCCUCCCCAAGACCCAGUAAUGAGUGCUAAUGCAAGUGUGGAAGAGUUAGUUUUAGGAAAUGGCAGUACAUCGUUUAUUUCUAUGCGUCAAAGACAGACAACAGAAGGUGCAGUUAUCCAAGAUGCAGUAAAUGAGGUUGAUCUGUUAGACUGGCCAUCUACUGAAGGUAAUCUCGUUAAUGAAUUUAAAACAGACGGUUUAGCUACUAUGGCCUUUCCUACAUUGUUUCCUUAUGGGAAGGGUGACCCAACAAAUAGGGCAAGACAACAUGGUAUAACGUUAACUGAAGCUUUCAAACAUUUAAUGAAGUUUGCAGAGAGGCUUGCAGAUGGUAAUUUUGAAUGGAGGUUUGCUUCUCACCCACGGUUUCCUUAUUGGGCGUUAAACAUGAAACAACGGCAUCAGCUGUUGUCACAAACAAAUGUUUACUUGCAUCUUACUGGCAUCUUGGAUGCCGAGUGGCACUGGUAUCGAUUUGAGUACCAAGCUAGGGGAAGUAUUCAUUGCCACGGAUGUGCAAAGUUAAAAAAAAUGACCCUGAUAUUCGAAAAUUACGUAACAAAGCAUGUGUUGCAUUCCUAGAGAGUGAGACAACAAGGUAUGAAAUGUCACCUGAUGAUUUUGAAUUCCUUUGCAGGGAUGUGAUUAGACCGGGAGAAGAUGCCAAGAAGUUGUUAAUACAGUAAGAAAAAAUAUUUUCCAUAUUAUUAUAGUAUUAAUUAUUUGUUUCCACUGUAUAGACCAUGCUAACUCAUGUGCACAAUCUGAUAUUUGUGGGAUAUUCUAUGAUAUUUUUAUUGAUGAAAUUACUUGAGGACCAUGAAAUUAAUUAUUUGAAUAUUAUAACUUUAACUCAAUUCGAUCCGCGAAUAUUGAUUUCCGACGUAUAUGACGGGAAGAUUAAAUAUUAAAGAACUCCGUGAGUAUUUGCAGUAGAAAUACAAAAAUACCACCAAAAAAUUCCGCUUGAUCGAUACUAUAUAUUCCGAAAUAUUCGUAUAAUUUUGUUGUUUCUAGCUCAAUUUCAAGCAAAUUUCUUACCUUGAAAUGAUCAAUGUGGUGAAAUUUAUGCAAAUGAUGCAUUACCAAUUUUGCUGUUGCAUUUUGAAUGUUCCACCUGAUUCAAAUGCUUGAAUCUUUGCUUCUUUUCAACGUAUAAUAAAGACAAAUAUAUAAAAAGAAUCGCCAUCUUGCAUUCUAUAGCUCGGAGCAGUCUCGGGAAAUUGCAAAAUAAUCUAUGCCUAUUAUGGCGAUUCUCGUGCUCGGAAAGUGUUCGGCCAACUUCGGACGCCAAAUUCUUGGUAAAGCAUUACAGUUUCCUGGUAAAAGACUGCAGAUAUCAGUUCCGGAGUGUUUGUUUACCCUAGAUACGGAUUUUGAUUAGCUUAGGAAGAAAAACAAACCUUUUAGAGCAAUUUUCCUGAUUAUUAUUGCAGUGAGGAAGGUAUUGAUCCUGUUCCUAGCUGCUGUUCCUGUUUCAUAGCCUCAGGGAAGUAGCAGUUCUGAUGAGUCAUGAGAACCCCACUCCCCAACCCCAUUAGGAAAACGUGUAAGUGUGGAGGGAAGGUAGGGGGAUGAGUAGAGGUAGAGGGAAGCCCAGCCACUAGGACUCAAGGUUUUGAAAGCUCGCUGUCUAGCACCCUGACUAGGCCCCAUAGUACAUGAUGGAUAUGCAUGGUGACACUGACACUAGGAAUAUUCUCCCAGAUUUUGCCCCUCACCGACAUUUCCGGGAUCCAUUUCGAUCACGCUUCCACCAGAAGUAUGAACUGUGAGCUUGAGUUCAUUCGGCUCUUUUUUACUAAGGGAAUGCUUCAGGAGGUAGUUUCCCAUACCAAUACGUAUGCCCACAUACAAAUAACCCAAAAAUCAUUCCCAUAUACUAAUAAAGAAGGGUCUUGGAGUCCACCAACCUUGAGGAGAUUGAGAGGUUGAUUGCCUUUUUAGUAUAUGCAGGUUUGGUAAAGGUGGACAGUGAGGUUGAAAACUAUUGGAGUGUAAAACCUUAUAUCAUGGUCUGUGGGCAAUAGAAAUAAUUUCUCGGUUUAGGUACAAAGCGCUUAUGGCAUUUCUGAAUAUGGUAGAUCCUGUCACUGAAGACUACAGCAAUAAACUGCAUCAACAACUGUACCAUGCAGCCAUCACAGAAUAUUACUGUUGACGAACACACUGUCAAAUCAAGGAAUAGGUUGGGGAUUCAGCAGUUCAUGAAAGAUGGCCUACUAUGUGGGGGUAUAAAUCUGUGGGUUGCUGCAGACAGUCCUAAUGGUUAUAUUGCGACUUGAGAUUUUUAUAGGAAGAAGUCCAGAGAUUCAUAUAGCAGCAUGGAUUUGGGUAUGACGUGGUGAUGUGAUAUAAGUUUGGUUACAGUCUUAGGUCCUUUGUGGUCCAAUAUAUAUUUUGUGCAAAAAAAUGAACUAUUUUCACCACAUAAUCCAAUUAUGUGUCUUGGCAAACAUUACUGCCUUGGAAAACAUUACUUUUUUAUAACUACUAAUGAUGACGCCAGCCCAACAACACUUGGUCAUACUAUAUGCAAAUAUUUUCAUGUUCUAGAUUGUGAAAACAAUCAAUUUCUAAAGAAAUGAGUAAUGAUUAUUUAAAAUUUGAAUAGCAAGACCAAAUUUUCAGGCUGGUUAUGCCACUGACGACUAAGUCAAUGGUGUACUGAUUAUCUAAGAAUGUAUAUAGUAACCGUAGAAAUAAAGACAUUUUGCAAAUAGUGAUUUGAGUGUUCUUUUGUGGGUAUCACAGACUUAUUUUGGUGCAUACUAUCCUUGGAGAGUAAGAAAUAUUGGAAAUUUGUAUUGAUAAUAUGUUGCAGCAAUGAAAAAGGACAUUUGAUAAGAGUAUUUGUUUCAUGUGAGCACAAAAUGUAAAUUUUACUCCACUACAUAGUUUAUUCCAAAAUUCAAUAGAAAUGGUUCUAUUUAUGCUACAUGCAUGAAACGUCGGGUACAUGUAGAUCAAAACCGUGUCUUUCAGUUACAUUCAUAAAAUUUUUUGACACUUUUGAAAUUUAAACCAGUAAAUACAUUUUUGCAUAAUUGCUACAUUUUUUUAUAUCAUAAUUUAUGCAAAUUUAUGCGAGUAAAUCGUUAACCAACCUCGGGAUGAAAUUGAAAUGCAAUUUCUGUUUCCGUACGAUGUAUAGUUUGAAAGAUAUAUGCGUUUAAAACAACAGCACUCAAAAUUACUAAUUUUCGACCGGAUGAGAAUGAGUUAAGAAACAUCCAACUGUGUUACAUACCAUCCCUAACAACCCAAAGAGUAAUAAGGUAGAUAAAUCGACUCUCACAGAUAAAGUUCAACUCCAAACAGCUGGUGAUAGUUCGUUGACAUUUAAUGAUCGUGCUAACAAAAUCAACAUUGGCUUUAUGAGUGGAGAAACAGACAGAGAAAUUCCUAGCCAAACAGGGGCCGGAAAGCCUAUGAUUGCCAGAGCGAUAAUUCCCAUUAAAGUAAGGAGCAAAGAAACGAAUAAGACAAUCGUUACGUACGCAUUUCUUAACAAUGGGAGUGAUUUGUCAUUCUGUACCGAGAGUCUAGCCGAACAGUUGGGUAUCUAGGGUAUCGAAACAGUGAUUUCAUUAACAAUGAUGGAAAAGAAAAACAGCACCAUCAACAGCUCAAUUAUCCAGCAAUUGGAAGUCUCGGAUUUGGAUGAGAACUGUUCUAUUGACCUACCACUCAUCUAUACUGCAGCUGAUAUUCCUGUGACAAGUAAAGACAUUCCAGAUCAAGAAGACGUCGAUCAAUGGCCACAUCUUCAAGGCGUUCAGUUGCCAAUCGUCGACGCUCAGAUCGGUAUUCUUAUAGCAAGUGAUGUUCCGAAAGCGUUAGAUCCUCUUGAAGUCAGAAAUAGCGAAAACGGUGGUCCGUAUGCGACAAGAACAUUGCUAGGAUGGGCAAUUAAUGGACCUUUAUUUCGUCAGAAUAAAUCUCAAGGCAUCGGAAGUUUUUUCGUGAAUUCAGAUGUGAAUCGAAUCAAUCUCUGAUGUGAAGACUGAACACAGUUCAUGGCUAGUGUUCGAAAUACAGCUACACUGAAGAACGGUCAUUAUGUAAUCGCGUUGCCAUUUAAGAACAAUGAUCAUCAAAUAUCAAACAACAAAGAACAAGUAGUACAAAGAGCCCAUUGGUUGAAACAAAAGUUACUGAAAAAACCAAAGCUUUUUGAAGACUAUAAAGUGUUCAUUGAUAAUCUCCUCAACAAAUCGUAUGCUCGAAAGGUUCCACCAGAACGUUUGUGUAAAAGUGAUGGCAAAGUCCGGUACAUACCCCACCACGGCGUUUACCACCCCCACAAACCAGGAAAAGUAAGAGUGGUGUUCGACUGUUCCUGCAAAUAUAAAGGCACGUCUUUGAAUGAUCAUCUACUGACUGGUCCUGAUUUAAGCAACCACCUACUUGGAGUUCUGAUGCGGUUUCGCGAAGAUCCAGUCGCAUUCAUGGCAGACAUAGAAGCUAUGUUCUACCAAGUUAGAAUACCAGAUUCCGAUAGUGACUUUCUUCGUUUUCUAUGGUGGACUGACGGUGAUUUAACGAAAGAUCCCGAAGAAUACCAAAUGCUUGUGCAUGUCUUCGGCGCUGCGUCUUCGCCGAGUUGCUCAAAUUUUGCCCUUCUGAAGACCGCAGAAGACAAUGAAGCAAAGUUCGAUAGUGAUGUGAUCAACAUAGUUAAGAGAAACUUCUAUGUAGAUGACUGCCUCAAAUCCACUCCUACAGUCAGUCGUGCAGUUCCACUUGUCCAAGACCUACGUAAUCUCUUGACGAAAGGCGGUUUCCAUCUGACGAAAUGGAUAAGCAACAGCCGCGAAUUGUUGGCAAGUAUCCCAAAAGAAGAACGUGCCAAACAGGUUAAAGAUCUUGACCUAGACCAAGAUAAGUUGCCAAUCGAAAGAGCCCUUGGAAUUCAAUGGUCCGCGGAAUCUGACAAGUUUUGUUUCAAGAUUGUUAUUAAGGAAAGACCACCGACCAGACGAGGCAUCCUCUCGAUAAUGAGUUCUAUCUACGAUCCGCUUGGUUUGUUAUCGCCAGUUAUCUUAUCUGCAAAAUUAAUUUUACAAGAGCUAUGUAGACUGAAAUUAGGCUGGGACGAUAAAAUACCAGAUAAGUAUCAAUCAGCAUGGUUGCGAUGGUUGGAAGAUCUUCCCAAACUUUCUCAGUUAUCAAUCCCACGGUGUUACAAGCCUUCAGAUUUUGAAGUCAAGUCAAAUGAGCUACACCACUUUUCGGAUGCAUCUGAAUCUGGAUACGGGUCGGUGUCUUACCUCCGCCAAGAAAGUCAUGAUGAAAGAGUUCAUUGUUCACUCGUGAUUGGAAAGGCUCGCGUGACACCACUGAAGACAAUCUCUAUACCUCGUCUCGAGCUCUCAGCCGCUACCGUGUCUGUGCGUGUUGAUUCCAUGUUACAGAAAGAAUUGGAUCUUUCGCUCGAAAGUUCAACGUUUUGGACGGACAGUACUGCAGUAAUACGUUAUGUGGAAAAUGAGAAUCGAAGAUUCCAAACCUUUGUUGCCAAUCGUAUUGCCAUUAUUCGAGAUCGAUCAGAUCCUGUGCAGUGGAGGUUCGUUGAUGGUACGUUAAAUACCGCAGAUUUUGCAUCACGAGGCAUGACCGCUGACAAAUUCCUGAAGUCUAACUCCUGGAUAAAUGGUCCCGAUUUCCUGUGGCAACCUCGGUCGAGUUGGCCAGAACGUCCUGUAAGCCUUCAACCCAACGAAGUUCCUUCUGAUGACCCGGAACUGAAACGUGAUAUAAGUUCCUGCAUCACCGAAGUCCAUAAACCUUCAUCGAAGGAGGAUACUCUUCUCAACCUUCUACAAAGAAUUUCUUCCUGGUACCGUGCAACGAAAUUCGUAGCAUGGAUUCUGCAUUAUCGUAGAAAAUUGAUCGAAGCUGCUCGAAAGCGCAAGGAAAAGUCAUGUGAAAACAAAGAGUCAUCAAACAGUGUGAAGCUGACCGUUGAUGAGCUAAAAGCAGCAGAGAAAGUCAUUCUGAGAUGUGUCCAACAGAAGUAUUUUCCAGAGGAAAUAGCAGUGCUACAGAAGCAAAAAUCAAAACAAGCAUGCAUAAAGAAGUCCAGUCCACUAUCUAAACUUGAUCCGAUUUUCCAAGACGACCUCCUACUCGUGGGUGGAAGACUGCGACAUGCUCCAAUUCCUGAAUAUUCGAAGCACCCAGUCAUCCUACCGAAAGGAAUUCACGUAACCAAUAUUAUCAUUCAAUACUACCACGUUAUCUCUGGUCAUCUUGGUAGAGAAUAUAUGCUAGCACUUCUACGUAGAAAAUACUGGAUCAUUCAAGCUAAUUCAGCUGUAAGAAGUUUACUUUCUCGUUGUGUCCGUUGCAGAAAGUGGAAAGCGCCAGUUUUGGAACAGAAAAUGGCAGACUUGCCUAAAGAUCGUUUAACCCCUGAUCAUCCUCCAUUUACCUACGUUGGAGUCGAUUAUUUUGGACCAUUCCAUGUUCGUUGUGGCAGAAGUUUAGUAAAGAGAUAUGGAGUAAUCUUCACGUGCCUGGUAAUACGAGCCGUUCAUAUUGAAAUCUCACACAGUCUCGAUACAGAUUCGUUCAUUUUGGCUUUACGAAGAUUCUUAGCCAGACGAGGACAAGUCAAAGAAUUAAGAUCUGAUAACGGUACUAAUUUUACCAGUGGAGAAAAGGAGUUAAGAGAAGCUAUCAGCAACUGGAACCAAGAUAAAAUUCAUGGUCACCUUCUACAGAAGCAUAUUAAAUGGACAUUCAACCCCCCUUACGGAUCCCACCAUGGAGGCAUUUGGGAGAGAUGCAUCAGAACCAUUCGUAGUAUUAUGAGAGCACUACUGAAGGAGCAAGUGAUUAAUGACGAAGGAUUGCAUACGAUGAUGUGCGAAGUCGAAGCUCUGAUGAAUGCUCGACCCAUCACAAAAGUCAGCGACGACCCAAGAGACCUUCAUGCGUUAACACCUAAUCAUCUGCUACUUACUCAAUCCAAUCAACCCCUUCCACCUGGAGUGUUCAGUAAAACGGAUAUUUACUCGAAACGACGAUGGAGACAAGUGCAAUAUCUCGUCGAUAUAUUUUGGAAAAGAUGGAUUCGUGAAUAUAUUCCCAGUUUGCAGAGGAGACAAAAGUGGCUCCAGCCAAAACGUAACGUGACAGUUGGUGAUAUAGUAUUGUUGGCAGACUCAUCUGUGCCAAGAAACACCUGGUCGAUGGGAAAAGUCGUAAAGGUUGUAGCUGACAAGAAAGGCUUGGUACGACGUGUUCAAGUCCGAACAAAGUCUAAUAUAUUGGAGAGACCAAUAGAUAAGCUAGUAUUAUUAUUAGAAGCGGACAGUGUUGAUGAAUAAGUUUCAUAUAUUAUAAGUGUUUCAUGGUUUUACACACUUAAGGGGCCGGUGUGUAGCAUACAAUUGCUAAUAAUUAGCUAUUAUGAUAAUGUAGAGUUAAUUGCCCGCCAGGGCUUAUAUAAAGGACGGAGUUUUAACGUAAAUUUUUGAAUAGUGUCAAGCCGUCAUAGUUGGGAUCGUCAACAAAUCUUUGAACGUUGGCCUUAGAGCCUUAUCGGCAGUUAAUAUAUAUGUGUUUGUUCUUUAUAAGAAUUGAAUAAAGUAAAGUUUUGUGAAUCGUUAUUCAAGUGUCUAUUCGGCAGUAACAAUGCAUGUAUCAUACAUUCGUAUUUUAUAAAGUAUGAUGACUAUGAGAGUUUUCGUGUUCACUAUGGCUGAAACAUUUAUGAAAAGCUAAAACUGACACAGACAAAAGACAGUGUAAACACAGCCUAUUUAAGCAGGCGCUAAACCGGUGUAAACUAUUAUGCAAAGAUGAACAAUACCGUCAUUAGUACUAUUAGUAUUUUUGUGCAAGUGAAUAAAUAUAUAAUCCUACAAGUUGUCAAGUUGAUUGGUCAAAUUUGACAAAUUCCCCAGCCUCCUUUGCAGACAUCAGAGAGAACGUACACAACUGGCGGCUGCGAGGGAGACUACAAAUUGCCCGAUAAUCACGGCCUCGCCUUGGCGAAUAAUUGUUCAAAGCCAAAGGCGCAAUAAUAAUCGUGUGUAGUUUAUACUUAUACGUGUUAGUUUCUCAAUAUUUUGUAUUUGCCAAGCAACUUUUGUCACAAUUGUUUCUAUAAAUCUGUUAUAAAGAAGAAGUUCUGCAGUAUAAACUGUACUAUACAUACUAUAAAUACAAAUAUUAUAAUAAAAUUUAAAUAUUAAAUUAAAAAUAUUACUGAGAUGAUCCUGUUAUCCCACAGGCUAUAUCUAUGAAAUUGCACUGGUAUACCUAUAUAACUGAUAGUAUUUUUUACCUUGAAUAUUAUAUCAUGCACAAAUAUAAUUAUACGAAAAUCUUAAAAAUAUAAUUUAAAAAUCGAAAGUCCAAAGUCCAAAGUCCAUAGUCCAAAGUCCAAAGUCCAUAGUCCAAAGCCCAGUCCAAUGUUUACAACAUGCCCUCGGCAAACUCAUUCCCGGGCCGGUAUUAAUAGGUGCACAGAAAGCGAGUAUAUAUCUAGCUGGAGCAGGGACGCCGGAACUGCGGGGGCAGGGGGGGGGCUGCCCCCCCUUGCCUUUGCUAAACGGGCAGGGGGGGGAGAAGUGCCCUUUUAGUUGUAAAAUACUACGUGAUAAAUCACAUUUCCAGUUAUGCUUUUUCUGGCAAAAGCAUGAGAUUCAGGUAAUUUAUAGGCCCAGAGAAAGUUAAUUUACAAAAAUAAGUGUGAAUUUUGAAAAGAAUGAGGACAAUUUACAAAAAAUUUUGAAACUAUUUUUGGAAUUUAGAGAAAUAUUUUGGAUAAAUGCGGAAAAUUGCUGAUAUGCGGAAAAAUUUUUUUGCGUAACGGAAAAUUUUGGUAUGUCCGGAAAAAAUUUUUGACCCCUAAAAUGGUACACUGACCGAAAUUUUUUCGCCCAAAAAAUUUCCAUGUAAAAAAAAAUUUUCCGGUAGAUUUUGAACUUUUGAUCUCUAGAGGUGCCCUUGGUGUGCGUCUGCCCCCCUUUGCCUUUUCAUCGUUCCGGCGUCCCUGAGCUGGAGUAUAUAUAGCAAAUAUAUAACUUGAACCAGUGUGUAUAGUAUUUUCCCAGAUUGUGUUCGCCAUGCAUUUUUGGUACGGCACUGGCUAUUUAGUUUGAGCCAUAAGUAUAAAAAACGGCAUUAACAUAAUGCACAAAAGACAUGCAUGUAUCGACAUUCAAUUUAUUCACGAUUUAUUCCGUUCAGUCACAACCAAUAACAACCAAGUAUUUUGCCUAAGCAUGCAAAUUAAAAAGCGGCAACCAGCAGGAAUUAGCGAUUUUGCUUAUGCCUACGUCUCGAUAACAAUAAAUUCGCCUUCGUCCUUAGAUGCAGGUCAACUUCUUCAAACAAUAGAUGAGAUGAUAAACCUCAUUAAGCUUCAUUAUCUAUUGUUUAAAUUGCUUCGACAAGACCGAAAUUUAACGUAUAAAACAGGCCUUAGGUUUGCAAAGGGCAUAUGAAGAACAUAUCAUUCAACAAAAGUCUGAUCUUUCCGAAUAUGAAAAAAUCGCAGAGUAAUUCAGAUACAAUAGCGCACUCACGUUCGAUUACCUUUUUUUUACACACAAUUGUUACAUAUAAAGUAUUUCCAUUGUGCAUUAAACGUCGUUUAAAUAAGGCCAAUACAUAUAUAGAUAUACCUGCACGCAAUUUUUUCAUGUUUUGCUUAAUCCUCUUUAGAUUAGUUCAAUGGAAAAUCUGAUACCCUUGAACGGUUCAUUGUUAAAACUCACUGCUUCUUGCGAAAAGGGCAAUUCAAAGGAAACGCAUUGUGUUCUUCUUAAACUGGAAUCAUUGCCACCAUAUUCUGAGGUUCGUAUAAUUAUACACUGUUCCAUAGACUGUUUGAUAUAUUAGACCCGGAGCGGAUGGGGGAGGGGUGUCUGACAUAAAACAGAAAUCUUAAGUAACAGUGUUUGUUUCACGAACACGAACCGAAAGUCAUCGAACUGACAUGACAACAGCCUGUCUUUGAAAUCACGAGCGUAAAACUACAUCGACUGCGGUGCGAUUAGAAUUGUGGAAUCAAUAAUCUUUCUUAUCUAGGUAAUCAACAGAACCCCUUCACCCUCUCCCAGUAUAAUAAGUACAGGAAAAGUAACAACUGCAUUUUCUGAACUUUCACCCACAUCAAUAACUUCAAAAAACCCACAGAAAGGUGCGAGAGAAGAAGAAUCAGAGUCUGGUGGGACAAACGCCGCUGCUAUUGCCGUAACUGUUACUCUCCUUCUGGUAGCCUUGGCGCUACCAUUGGGAUAUCUAAUCUACUACAGAAGACGAAAAAAAAGGUAAAGUUGCAAAAGAUGAAAAUGAUUGCAAUUUGCGAGCAAUAAAAUCUCGGUAGGUAAAAAGCAAAGAAAAUCCAAAAUCUGGCUUGAUAUAAAUUUUUAAGUCAACCUAAACAUUGAUUUUAAAAUUGUCAAACAUAUUUAUGUUGGCUUUCUCUUAUUUGUUUCUUCCUUUUGAGCCGCUUGUCAAAGAAUUUUUUUGGUUUUUAACUGUGCCCGCUUACACUAUUGGCUGCUCAUAUGAUAAAGGUAUCCCAUUUAAUUAAUUCAUUAUUUGCUCUAGAGUUAUAUAUUUGCGACGUGCACAUGUUUUAAAAUUACAGAAAGAUCUAUUUUAUUUUAGGGCAGAAGGGCAGCAGACCAAUACUAAUGGUAAGAAUCAUAGACCUUGCUAUAGAUUUUUAGGCCAGAAUUACUGCGGGUGUCCCAAAAAAACUAAACACUGUUUGCAUUGAUGUAACGUAAAAGCUAUAAAAGCUAUCGCAAUGAAAUAAAGAUAAUUGCAUUCAGAAAGGCCUAACUUAGAUUUUGAUAUAUAGCACUUGAAUUUACAUGUAAUAUUGACUAUGCUAUUGAUGCCUGAACGUUUAACUACUGUUUUUCAAAAUGCCAAAAAUUAGCAUAAAACAACUUUAUAUAUAUACUGUUAUUGAUUUUAACGCCUGGACUAUAAGACUGUUCAGUGCAAUUAUUCAGUAAUAAAAGUUGGAAAGUAUACAUGGACUUUAUGAUAGCUACUAACCUAACAAGUCUUGCACUGAAUUGAAAGAUCGUGACUAAAAAUAUACUGAAGUUCAGCUGUUGACGAUAAUUAUAUAUAAUUCGUAUUUUCAGACAUUGGGACCGUCAACUAUUCCAAGGAGAUUUACGAAGACCCGGAUCGAAUCUACGAAACGCUAAAGGAGGAUGGAGAUGAAGUACCACCAAAUCAACCUGGAACAUCCUCCGACAUCUAUAGCAACCCGGACAGUAAUAUGGUCGGUAUUCCAGUAUCGACUGAACAAGAGUACACUUAUGCUAACAAUACAUAUUUGCCGAGAUCUAGUGUAGGCACGAAACCAACGACCAAGGAACCUAUACGUAACGGUGCUGUGUACGAAACUUUAGAACAGCCUGGACAGAUGACUGAUGAUGAUUUCUAUAACUACCCUGAUAACACCAACAUCGCUAACCCUGGAUCAUCAGAACUGGAGUAUAUCUAUGCCAAAGAUACAGAUCUGCCUAGAGCUACUGCAAAUACAAAGGCAGUGCGCGAGAGAGAUAUUGAGCCAGCUACCUGUGGUGGUCUGUACCAUACUCUAGAACAGGAGGGACCAGCAUCAACUGAACAAGAGUACAGUUAUGCAAAGAAUACUGACAUGCCUUCGAUAUUUCGAAACCCCCAGGUAACUGAAAAUAUUUAUGAAAUGUAAACUUUAUCCCUGUUUGACUUUGUACUGAGAAAGAACGUAUUUGUAGGUCAAUAAGCUGUUGCAGCGAACCCGCCACACUAUUUGUUGUAAUUUUAAAUUGUAAUUUUAUGGUGGGGGAAGUUAAUAAUUAAUUUAUAUAUAUAGUUAACAGAUGAAAUACCAAAUUGCAGUGAUCACACAUAUAUUGAUGUUAUUGAAGAUUCCAGCAACACAGAUUCCCGAAAAGCUGACAACUCAUCUACAACCGCAUAGAC